AUUUAUCUUAUCGUUUAACAAACACGCCAGGUAAAUGAGUAAUAUUUCCCAUUACUAGUUAAUAGUUAAUGUCCAGCAGUAGUCGAUAUAAGACUUUGGCGGCUAUCAGAAUAUAAUCAAUAAAAAGAAUUACAGUAAAACUUUCCACUACAAAAUGGCAACAUAUGAAGAAGUUAAAGAUGUGCCUAAUCAUCCCGAAGUAUACUUAAUUGAUGUAAGAAAUAAAGAUGAAUUAGCUUCAACCGGUGCCUUACCCGGCAGUAUUAAUAUUCCACUGUCUGAAUUAGGCCAGGCCUUUGAAUUGUCUGAUAAUGAUUUCAAGACUCAAUUCAAUCGUGCCAAACCUUCCCAAGAUGCACCAUUGAUCUUCAGUUGCUUAAAAGGUGGCAGAGCACAGAAAGCUACUGAUAUGGCCCUAGUUCAGGGCUUCAAAAAUGUUAAACCUUAUGCUGGUUCAUGGACCGAAUGGGCCCAAAAAGAAGGCUUGUAAAUUGCUAAAUUGUUUACACAUAAUACUCGAAAACAUAUUUUAUUUAUUAAAAAAUGGAUAUUUAAAUUGAACUACCGCACUCAAUGUCAUAUGCACUGUUAUACUUCAUGAAUAAAAUGGCUUGAAAUUAUAGAAAUUAA